AUUAGCAAGCCUCCUCUGCAAGUAAAGCCCAAUAUCUCUCUCUCUCUCUCUCAAAUCAAAAUUACUCUUAAAACUCUCUUUCUCUCUUUCGAUCCUUCGAUUUUGUAUACCAUCUCGCAACCAUGGUGCUCGAGGCCACAAUGAUCUGCAUCGACAACUCCGAAUGGAUGCGUAAUGGCGAUUACUCUCCGUCCAGAUUUCAAGCCCAAUCUGACGCUGUCAAUCUUAUUUGCGGAGCUAAAACACAGUCUAAUCCAGAGAAUACAGUGGGAGUUCUCACAAUGGCCGGAAAAGGGGUUCGUGUUUUGGUCACUCCUACUAGUGAUCUCGGCAAAAUCCUCGCGUGUAUGCACGGUCUAGAAAUAGGUGGUGAGAUGGACCUGGCUGCUGGCAUUCAGGUGGCACAGUUGGCCCUUAAGCAUCGCCAAAAUAAAAAACAGCAACAAAGGAUUAUUGUAUUUGCUGGAAGUCCUAUCAAACAAGAGAAAAAGACAUUGGAGUCUAUUGGAAGAAAGUUAAAAAAGAACAGUGUAGCACUUGAUAUUGUUAAUUUCGGUGAAGAAGAUGAUGCGAAGACAGAGAAGCUGGAUGCACUUCUUGCUGCCGUUAACAACAAUGACACUAGCCACAUUGUACAUGUUCCACCUGGCCCUAAUGCUCUUUCUGAUGUGCUUAUAAGUACACCCAUCUUCACUGGGGAUGGGGAAGGUGGAAGUGGUUUUGCAGCAGCAGCAGCUGCAGCUGCAGCUGGUGGAGUCACUGGUUUUGAGUUUGGUGUGGAUCCCAACCUGGAUCCUGAACUGGCUCUUGCUCUGAGAGUUUCAAUGGAAGAAGAGAGGGCGAGGCAAGAAGCAGCUGCUAAAAAGGCUGCAGAGGAGACUUCUAAACAAGAAAAAGAAGAGGGACAGCCAUCUGGAACACAGGAUGCAACAAUGACUGAGCAUGCAAGUGUUGGAACUUCUGAAGCUGACAAUAAAACAACUGAUUUAAUGGAUGAUGACAAUGCUCUGCUACAGCAGGCCCUUGCAAUGUCAAUGGAUGAGCCUGCCACGGGCCAUGAAGUUCGAGACACAGAUAUGUCUGAGGCAGCUGCAGAUGAUCCAGAGUUGGCACUAGCUCUCCAAUUAUCGGUACAGGACAGUACAAGUGAUUCUGCAGACCAAUCAAACAUGAGCAAGUUAUUGACAGACCAGUCUUUUGUUUCUUCUAUCCUUGCAUCACUUCCAGGGGUUGAUCCAAAUGACCCAUCAGUCAAAGAUUUGCUUGCUUCCAUGCAAAGUCAGUCUGAGCCCCAGCAGAAGAAUGAAGACAAGGCACCAAAGGAGGAGGAGAAAAAAUGAUUCUCUGGAGUUGCCUUACCAUGUGAGGUCAAAAAGCUCUCUCUACUGUAGCAUCACAAGUCAUCAAAAUGGAAUUGUUGAUGGUUAUAGUUGUCUUGAGAGGGCGUUGGAAGUGCAGACAAUAUUUAUAUGGAAAAGAAUGUGCUACAUUGAAAUGUAUUUCUGCAAUGUUUCAACGUUUAUAUUUUCUUACUCCAAAUUGAGCCUUUCUUUUUGUGUUAUUGGUUUGGUCUUAAUGAUUUUCAUGGAGAUA